CUCCUGUUCAUCUCUGCACCGAGACGCACCGACACACCGAGACGCAGAUGGCUCAAGUCCAGGCGGUCAUAGCAGACCUGGCAUCAGAGUACGAGCGAAGUCGCCGCUUCCUUGACGACUUGGAGCAGAGCCUCAAGCCGCCGCCGCUGGCCCCGCCGCCGCCGCCGCGCCAGCACGCCAUCGAUGAGGACGCCGACGUCUGCCUGGCAGCCCCCGCCGUAGCCGCAGCCGGCGAUUGCGACUCCUCCGACUCCGAGGUAGACGAGGACGCCGCGGCCCCCGUCCAGAUCAAGACCAACAAGAUAGCGUCCAAGCUCAAGUCCAUGUUCUCUCGCGGCAGCUUCCUAAAGGCCCGGUCCGCGGCUCCGCAGGCGGCGGCGGCGCCAGCCGCUGUCGCCAGCAACGGCAACGGCGGCGACACGGCGCACCGCCGCACUCGGCGACCCUCCAUUGUGAGCAUUGGCCUGCUCGGCGGCGGCGAGGCAGGCAGCGAGGACUGGUCGCCCUUGGGCUGCUCUCGCGCCGCCGCCGGCGGCAUGCUGCCGGGCCGCACGGCCAGCUUCCAUCAGGGCGCUGGCAGCGCGGCUGGCCGCAGCCACCUGCUGCUGCAACAAAGCACCAGCGGCAACAACAUGCCGCUGCGGCGCGGCUCUCUGGACCUGUACAGCAGCUCGGCGGCGGCGGCGCAGCAGGCGGCGCUGCUGGCGUCCGGCCGCAUGUCGAUGGAGGCCAAGUGGGGCGCAGCACCGCUGGCGUGCGGCGGUGGUGGCGGACCCAUGGAGCCAGCGCCGCAGCAGUCCGCGCGGCGCAUGAGCGGCGUCCUGGCACACACGCCCUCGCUGCGUGCUAUGUCCUUGACCGCCGCCGGCGGCGGACGUGCAGGCAGCGGAUGCGACACGGGUGGCGCUGACGUCGGGCGCCUGCUGCCCUUGUUGGCCGGGGUGGCCUCGGAGGUGGCUGCUGGGGACCGCCGACACCAGCUGCUGCGUGGUGAGGAGUCACGGGGGGGCCCCAGCGACACCGAUCACAACGCCGAGGAGGCAGGCAGCGCUUUCAACUCGCAGCAGGCGUCGCCGUCGCAGAGGCACGCCGUGGGGGCGGGCAUGCGGCGUGCCUCCUUCACCCUGCGCCGGGAGGGUAUGGGUGGCAGCGAGGCGGCGAUGCCUGAUGGCGGCACCAGCUACCCCGCUGCUGCAAGUGGGAUGGUGUCGAGGACCGACUCCAUGCGGCGUAACUCGCUGCUGGCAGGGGCCAGCUCCGUCUCGCAGCGCUCCCUGGCAGCGGCAACCGACGAGGACAGCGGUGUCCCUUCGCCGGCUGCCGCCGCCAUGCUGCACUCGCCCUCCAUGCGCGCCCGGCCGGGCUCUGUGCCUUCGGUGCCGCUGGUGCUGCAGUCGCCGUCCGGCAACGCGGCGCCCGGCAGCGGCCGCACCUCCUCCAUGCCACAGGCGGCGCUCCUGCCCGACAUCACCGCCAGCAACGGUCUGGGCCGCGUGGACAGCGGCCGCCGCCUUAGCAUCGGCAACUACGGCAGCGGAGCGCUUGGGCACGCCGGCAGCGGCCUUGUGCACGGCAGCAGCAGCAGCGGCGGCGGCGGCCCGGGAUCACCCGGUGGGAUGGGCGCAGCGGGCGCGGCGGCGGCAGGGUCUCCUGGGGCGACGGCCCUGCGUAUAGCCAGCCAACGCCGCAUGAGCUCCGGCCCUCACGCGCUGGUGCCCACAGGGGCCAACGGCUUCCAGGGAACCAUGCACGUGAUCUGAAAUUGCAUCGGUACGAAACUCGAUUUCGUUUGCUAAAAAUGCAUUAAAAGUGGUACUGUGACUCUCGAAGAGAACUGGAUGUGUCUGAAUGUGUGAACACGGGGACAAGAUGGCUAAUGGGCGCAGGGGUUCCAGUUGGGGUAUUUGGAUGUACGUACCGUAUCCGCGGAUUCACCGAAUGGUACGGUGGUGCUUCCGCUGCAACACCACGCUUUCCCUAUAUGCGUCCGUUCAGGGAAUAAAUAACACAUGAGUCUGAUUGUUACUCCUGUUGCAUGGCCUGAUGCGGCAAGAGAAAGGAUAAGUGAGGGCGGCGUGGCGUCUUUGGUAUGACUGAUGUACGGCCUGCUGCCUUGGGGAGCUGGGACACCGGCACGGUGCGAAAGUGCACAACGUGCUCCUGAUCGUCCGUUUUGGAGGUUACAUGUGGACUCGCAUUUUGUGCUACUAACUGCUGGUUUCUCUCCUUGCCUGUUUGCUCCGAUGGGCUCCGACAACCUCCUCUGGCAUCGUAGUGCGCAUUUCGUUUCCUUAAAGCAUCUUCGAAAUGACUGUCCCUUACGUUGACCAUACCGUUCGAUCAAUGCGCAGACGUCGAACAGGCAAGUAAUGUGGACAAAGGGAAAUCGUUUUGUUUUAAGCAAUGGGACAGGACUAUGCGAGUUGCAAAGGACGCCUGGCUGUGCUCCUAACGCCAUAACGCCAUUGGCUACAGUGCACACUCACUCAUUUUUGAAGUGGGCAUAGGCCCGAAAACUAUUAAUCCAAAGGGCCAGAAUAAGUGACGGCAAGGUUAGAGGGCGGUCGAGGACGUGACUUGGUUAUUCAUGAGGACGAUUCGGACACCGGCGUGUGUGUGUGUGUGUGUGUGUGUGUGUGUGUGUGUGUGUGACUACGGUUUCCACGGUUAUUCUGCCAGAUCACGUGAAUCGUGUAUCUGGUAUAACCAACGACAGGGCUCUCAAUCGAGGGCUGCCGUGACCUGGCGUUUCCCCGGCAGAGCGCAACCAGCUCUGGAGUCCACAGGGCAACGCACUCCGACCCUUCACCGCGCCAGUAAUCCUUGCGGAAUUACUACCGGUGUAACAACCUCAGACC